UCUGUGUCCCUCGGACACAGCGGAUCACCGAUCCACGGAAAGAGCCGAAGAUGUCGGCUCGGUCAUGUGAUCAGCUGUGUCCAAUCACAGCUGAUCACAUGGGACAUGUACACUUAUCAUCAGAACACUGAUGAUCAGUGUGCCCUGAUGAUCAGUGUAGCCCCAGCAGUGCCACCUGUCAGUGUCCAUCAGUGCCAGCUGUCAGUGCUCACCAGUGCCACGUGCCAGUGCCCAUCAGUGCCACAUCAAUGCCACAUAUCAGUGCCUACCAGUGCACAUCAAUGCCACAUAUCAGUGCCCAUCUGAGCUGCCUUUCAGUGACACCCAUCAGUGCCAGUCAGUGCCACCUAUCAAUGCCAAUCAGUGCCACAUAUCAGUGCUACCAAUCAGUGCCAGUCAGUGCCGCCUAUCAGUGCCAGUCAGUGCCACCUAUCAGUGUCAGUCAGUG